AUGGGAUCGGUGGGAGCCGAGCGCUUCAAGGAGCUGAGCCCGGCAGGGACUCCUGAGGGCAACGUGGUGAUGAGUUUCAGCUUCGACAGCUACCAGCUGGAGGAGGACGAGCUGCAGAGGGGCAGCCAGACCAAGGGUGUCCUCACCUUCAUGGAGCCAGCUUCUGAGGAUCCUGAGCCCCAGGAUCGAUACCAUGGGAUUUACUUUGCCAUGUUGCUGGCUGGGGUGGGAUUCCUUCUGCCAUACAACAGCUUUAUCACCGAUGUGGACUACCUGCACCAUAAAUACCCAGGGACGUCCAUUGUCUUCGACAUGAGCCUCACCUACAUCCUGGUGGCCUUGGUGGCCGUCAUCCUCAACAAUGCACUGGUGGAGCUGCUGAGCUUGCACACCCGGAUCUCUGUGGGUUAUCUUUUUGCCCUGGGGCCUCUGCUCUUCGUCAGCAUCUGCGACGUCUGGCUGGAGCUCUUCACCCGCAGACAAGCCUACGCCAUCAACCUGGUGGCUGUCGGGGUGGUGGCCUUUGGCUGCACAGUGCAGCAAUCCAGCUUCUACGGGUACACGGGGCUGCUGCCCAAGCGCUACACCCAGGGGGUGAUGACUGGCGAGAGCACCGCCGGGGUCAUCAUCUCCCUCAGCCGCAUCUUCACCAAGCUGCUGCUGUCAGAUGAGAAGGAAAACACAGUCAUCUUCUUCUUCAUCUCCAUCGGCAUGGAGCUGACCUGCUUCAUCCUCCACCUCCUGGUGAAGCGCACCCGCUUCGUCCGCUUCUACACCUCCUGCUCCCACAAGGGCCUCCCCAGGGCCCGGGGGGCUGGCGACCACGGGACAGGCUACCGUGUCCACCACGAUGUCACUGCUGAGGACAUCCAAUUUGAGAACCGGCCACGGGGGCAGCCGAGCUCCCCCCAGGGCAGCCCGGGCCCUGAAGCUGAGCUGGCCGGCAGUGGCACCUACAUGCGCUUCGAUGUCCCUCGGCCCAAAAUCAAGAGGAGCUGGCCCAGCUUCAGAGACAUGCUGCUCCACCGCUACGUCGUGUCCCGGCUCAUCUGGGCCUACAUGCUCUCCAUCGCCAUGACCUACUUCAUCACGCUGUGCCUCUUCCCCGGGCUGGAGUCGGAGAUCCACAACUGCACGCUGGGGGAAUGGCUCCCCAUCCUCAUCAUGGCCAUCUUCAACCUCUCCGACUUCGUUGGCAAGAUCCUGGCUGCCCUGCCCUACGACUGGAAAGGAACCCACCUCCUCGUCUACUCCUGCCUCCGUGUGGUCUUCAUCCCUCUCUUCAUCAUGUGUGUCUACCCCAACGGGAGGCCCACCUUUGGCCACCCAGCUUGGCCAUGCAUCUUCUCCCUGCUCAUGGGCAUCACCAACGGCUACUUCGGCAGCGUUCCCAUGAUCCUGGCAGCUGGCAAAGUGAGCCCCGAGCAGCGGGAGCUGGCAGGGAACACCAUGACCGUGUCCUACAUGACAGGCUUGACGCUGGGCUCGGCCGUGGCCUAUUUUGCCUACAGCCUCACCAGUACGUCCCACAGCACCUGCUUCUACACAGAGUUCACCAACAGCUCCUUCACAUCAGGGUACUGA